AUGGCGCGAUUCUACCCUAUCUACGCACGCCGAAGCGAUGGCAGGAUCGAACUCGUUUCGAAGGGCAAGAGGAGGGAGCUCAAUCAGCCGACCGACGAUCAGCUGGACCAGAAACCGGACAGGAAUGGAGUCAGUGACUUCUAUCGAGAGGUUGCUCAGGACGAGCCGAAACACGUGGAUUGGAGGCGAAAGCUAGGUGGCAUGCUGGCGAGAGAGCUGGCCUGGAAGGACAAGACUGCAGGCGGUGUGUAUACACAUGUAACCAAGAAGCAUUUCGGAUUGGCACUGAGAAUUCGUAGAGAGCGGCUACAUCCUCGUUGCGCUGCCCGAGAACUAUCGUCUGUACGAGCACGUGAAAAAGACUGAGAAGGACGGCAAGACCGAAGUCAAGAGCAAGACACAUGCUGCAGGUGGCAAUGACAGACAGGAUGCCUACCUCUACGGCCAUCCUGUUGGAAGACGAAAGCGAUUCCGCAGCCCGAACGAUUUCUUUCCGCAUCUGUUGUGGCUGUGCACGGACGAAAAAGGCGAUCCGGACAACUGCAGCUGCAAGCUGUGCUCGCCGGAAGACUUGGAGACCGUAGUGCCUGGCGCGACGGCUAGGAUGGCCGCUGCCCAGCAGGCUCCGCAGCAAAUGGCACGCCAGACGAGCCAACAGAGCUACAGGAUACCAGCUAGUGUACCGCAACCGCCUGCACCGCAAGCGAAAAAGCCGACGCCGCUGCCCUCUGUGAAGAGCCCUGAUCAACGUAUGGACCUCGAGUAUGGCUCCUUCAUGUACCGUCCCGGUGAGCUCGUGUGGUUUGAACGAGGUCAGGCCUGGGGACUCGGCACUAUUCUUCGACGGUGGAUUCCUCACGGUCUCUCUGCGGGCAACGAUAAAUACUCCUACCUGGUUCAGUCGCUUUCCCAUCCUCUCCAGUACGAGCAGCCAGUGGUGAAGACAUCUCAUGCCUCUAUGCGGCCGUGGCUGGCGUGGAGUGUGCCUAGAUUCACGAGCGACGGCCUCAACAACCUUCCUCAGCCUCCUCAAUAUGAGACAGCUGACUGGCAAGGUCUCGUGCAAGGACGGUAUGGAAGGGGCGAUCCACAGGUCGACGCAUCCAUAUUGGCCGCGAAGAUGAUCGAUUCCACGUACACGCCCUUCGGCAAAACCAAAAUGGCACAGGUCGAAGGCGGCGCGGUUGAGACCCACUACAACGGCAUCUUCCUAGGCGCAGAAAAGGUCUGGGUCGGAGACCCUGUACGCCUCACUGUAGGAUCAGGGACCGAAAUCAUGGUCGUACACUCUGUCGUCGAGCGUAGACGGGUUUCAGCGAUGACGCCACAAAUGAACAGUCAGACUUGUAAGCUGGUUGGCGACAUUUAUCAACUUGUGCAGGUGCAGCACAGUGACCCGCAAAUUCCAACUCCAGCAGCGACUAACAACAAUCCGCAUCUCCCCCAGCGCCUCACUGAGGACCUUGCAUACCGCAAUGCCCGCUCUAUCCCGACCAGGCGUACCGCAAGCUACUGGAAGCUUGCUGUCCCGCAGCAACGCCUUGAUCUCGACAACUUCAGGGGUCGCUGGUAUGAAGCCAGUCUUGUGUUACCCAUCCUCCAAGCGGAACCAUUUGCACAAGCUGCCAAGCGUGGCGACAUUCAAGAAUCCUCCCUCUGGAUGAACAGUCGCGGAGACUGCCUUAACAGCAAUAGAGCUCCCCAGCUUCAGAGGUAUCCGAAGCAGAACAUCCGGGCAGAGACUCGUCGCGAGGCGUUUGGUCGUUCUAUCCCUCCGAACGCGCAGAUACAGGAUGACAUCCAGCCACCAAAUCCGCCGAACGUGGACCCGAGCUUGAACGAGAUGGACACAGGGGCUGGCAAUAGCGCAGACACUGCCAUCGAGAUUGAUCCAAAGUUCGAAACUGCCGGCGAAACUAUGGGUCAGGGUCAGGGUCAGCAGCAGGAUCACGACCAUAGCGGGUUGGACGAGUUUAUGAAUCUGGACGGUAUGGAUGAGAGCGGUAUGCCUGGCUUUGGUCAUGAUUACGGGAGUCAAGUGACCGGGCCUGGAAGCUUUUACUGA